CUCCCACUGUCCUCACUUUCAGGAUCCAGUCCUACGUACCAAUCUACCUGCUGUCCUCAUGCACUUUGAUUAUACUGUAGCACUUAGCACCAUGACCAAGAUCUCUAUUCAUUUAAGUGAUCAGAUUAGGGCUUUCAGGAGGAAGGGAAAAUCUACUGAGGACAUUUCAAAAAUACUGUUAGAUUUGGGGAUUACAGUCACGGACAGUGCUAUUCGAAAACACUAUCGUCAGAUGCCUGUUUUACGCCGAACGCGAAAGCCCAGGAAAAUGAACAGCAAGACUAUUCAAGCCAUCUACUCACUGAUUGAUGAAGAUGAUGAGCGAUCGGCGAAGGAGAUCAGGAAGCUGUUGGCAUCACAGCACAACAUCAACAUUGCUCUAAUCACAGUCAGAAGGCAGUUGAAGAAACUUGGGUGGAUUUAUAAGAAUAAGGCUCGUUUCGACCCAAUGAAAAAACGCAUGGCUCCAAAGAAAGCGGCCAUGAUAGAUGGGGGCCCAGCGCAGUACCAUUCCGCUCAGCUGAUGAAGUUGCACAUGGAGCAGAUUCAAACUUUGAAAACUGACAUCGAGUCAUUGAAGGUAGACCAGCAGAAAGAGAAACAUUCUCUGAGGGCAGAGAUACGGGCUACGGCUGAUGCAUUGGUCCAGAGCCAGGCCGCAUUGGUGGAGAGUCAGACAGAGAAUGGCUCGUUGAAGAAGGCGAGGGAAGAGAUGGAGUCACAAUUCAUGCCAAUCCAUGUGAGCUCCGGAACUCCACUUCCGACAGGCAGUUCUUCAGUUCACCCUGACAUUUCCAUUCCUCGACUGACACCAGAACGUAACGAACUGCUCACCGAGCACAGCAUGGGCCGCCCGGACCGUUAUGCUGUUGUGCUAUUCCAAGAAUGCGUAACCAAAGAGAGAUAUCGCGAGUGGGCACAGAAUACCAAUUGGGAUGGAUCCAGAGGCAAAUUUGGCUUACCAGUGAAUCUCCGAGUGUUCAUCAUGAAAAAUGUGUCUCAGAUGUUUCUCUCCUUGAGUGAUGCAACCCGAAAAAGCAUAAAAGAUAGAGUAAAUGAAUAUUUGAGGAAGCCGAGGAAGUCUGGAUAUGGCAUGGCCCAUUUUCCUUGAAUUGGGCAUAUGUCUACUUUACAGUGGCCUAAUAAACAUCCAUAUUUUGAAUAUAUUUUUAUCGAACUCAAUAAUAUACAUUCUACUACUGUAGAUAGGGGCCGUCAUUGUAAAUAAGAAUUUGUUCUUAACUGACUUGCCUAGUUAAAUAAAGUUUAAAUAAAAAAAUAAUACAAAUAAAAGAUGCUGUGUUUAAAUUUGUUUGAAUAGAGUACUGGGCUUACAGUAGUGAUGGACAUAGGUCACAAUCAAUUCAUGCCUUGACGAGCCAUUAAAUUGGCUAGCUGAAACCCUCAUAAUAGCUAAUUGGUGAUCGAAACUGCUUUGACUGAGACACACAAAACCAUUUGAAUUUGUAUAUGCAAGCGAUUACAUCGCAGAAGUUGGUGUUACUCAGAAAGAAAACAUGGAUACAAGUUUUUUUUAAAUAUAUAUAUAAAACGAAAAUACCCUGUAGAAACGAAAUAAAAGGACUAUAGGCGGGUUUAAACGAGUACGCCAACCGUUCCACUAAAAUCACAAUGUUUACCAUUUAUAGGCCUAUAGUCAUGUUACAAAGGGUGUUUUAAAAAAAAAAUGAAACCACCAAAUAUCGGCCUUUAACCGUCCGAAUAUUUCAUACAAUAUUCGGAACACAUUUCUAUGAAAUGUAUGGCUUGAAAUGUAAUGAUGGAUGUUUUAGGUAGGCUAUAGGCUUACAUAUGCCACUGUAAAAUGCAUUUGUGCUUUUAUUGGAAUAGAAACACAGAUCAAUCCAUGUAAUGCAGUUAAAAUAAAUCGUGAAUAAUAAAUGCCAGUUAGCCCUAUCAUCUUAUUUUCGUGAAGGGAAUCGGGCUACAUAAUCUCAAAGGGCAGCGAUCAAAUGAUUUGCGCACAGAAGCAAGCACCAACAAGCUGAAUAAUGGGAUGUAUUUGAUUGGCAAAUUGCAUAUUAUGAGAAACCUUGACAAGAACGCAAUCCUAACGUCUGGUCUGCAUCACAGGAGGUUGGUGGCACCUUAACUGGGGAGAACGGGCUCGUGGUAAUGACUGGAGCGGGGUCUUUGGAAUGGUAUCAAACACAUGGUUUCCAGGUGUUUACUGCCAUUCCAUUUGCUCCGUUCCUGCCAUUAUUAUGAGCCAUUCUCAGCAGCCUCCACUGCUCUGCAUGCAACUGAAAAGUCACAUUUUUUGGAAUUAUGCCUUGCUGUUAAAUACAUCAGCAACACUAAACAAGUACUUCCGGGUCACAGAAUUUCAGAACUGUUCAAAAUAAAAGCCCCCCAUGUAAUAGUAGAAAAGUGUGAAUAACCUGUAUAUAUUGGAAAAUGAAAAUUGUCUAACCAUGAACCAUUAUUCAUAUGUUCAUAUUUAAGAGAUAUUUGCAUCAAAUGUGGGUUUUAAAACAUGUUCCAAUUAAGUGAUAAUGCCAUCGAAGCCGGUGUUUAGUUGUCUCAUAGUAAUGAAUAUGUAGGGUCGGGAUGAGACAGACAGGUAGGCAGUAUUUUUCAGCCAGUUGAAAUCAUGAAUCAGCUGGCAUCAUUUGUAUGUAUAUAUACAAAGAAAUGUAAAUUGAAAAAGGUAAAACGAAACGAAGUGGAGCUAGUUUGCAUUCUUUCCAGCUUCAGUUUGAAGUUAUUGUGUUAGCUGUGUUUUUGGUUAGCUCCCCUGAACAACAGUGACCUGAAGAGAGAGCACAUUUACUAUGCCAGGCUAAAUCGCGCCUCAUUAGCUCAUUGUUAUGGAUGUAUCCAUAAACGUCACUAAAAAACAGCUUAAACAAAUGCAGCUACUGUCUGCACUGUUUGACGCGACUAGCUAGCAAUAAGAACGUUUCCAGCCAGCAUGACAAUGAAACAUUUAGAACUGUUAUGUCCAUAGAUACAGAACAAAAAGACAGGACUGGGUCACGUCUCUGGCAACCGAACCAAUAGAACGAAAGACCAGCCGGCUUGGGUAGCAACCCUAGAUUUGUUUCGGUACUAUAUCUUGUGGAAGGAUGAAAUGGUAUGAAUAAAUAAAUCAAAAUAAAGUUUUUAAUGAAGAUCUGUCAAUCAUUAUUUGAACAUGUUAGUAAUCCAUUGUAUAAAAGUGAUAAUGCCCUCGACGCAGGUGUUUGGAGGAUAUAUUGGCACGGUUUGCCUAACAACACCAGUGCCAUCCUCCAAACAGCUGGAGAUUGAAUUUGAGAAUUGAAACCAUGUUGCAAAUGUAGGAGAGACAAACAGCAAAGUUGAAAACUAAAUGUUAGUCUAAAAGAUGUCUAGAUGCUUUUUAUAGUGGAGAUCAAGUUUAUAAUUGACCUGACUGGGCUGAUGAGGCAGUCAGAUGGAACAGAGUAAAUAGGCAUUUUAACGUCAUAGAUUUAGCUGGUGGUAAUUUGUGGAAUCGACACUGGCUGGAAUGCGCUUUUAACCAAUCAGCAUUCAGGAUUAGACCCACAUUGUUUCAAUAUUCAAAUUCAAUCCCCAGCUGUUCCAUAGUAAUGUGAACGUGUCGGGAGUCAGGAUGAGACAGGCAGGCAGCUUUUCUCAGCCAGUCGAAAUCAUGAACCAGCAUCAUUUUUUAUGGAUAUAUACAAAGAACUAUCAAUAGAAAACAGGUAAAACAAAACGAAGUGCAGCUAGAUUGCAUUCUUUCCAGCUUCAGUUUGAAGUGAUUGUGUUAGCUGUGUUGUUGGUGUUGGAUUCUGUAUUUUACAUUAUAUCCAUUAGCAUAUAUAUGAUUAAAUAUUAUCUGAUGUUGGUUGUGUGAGGUGUCUGCAUUUGUGCACUGGAGCAUCAUUAUGAGAUUAAACAACUGCUUGCUACUUGCCUGUUUGUGUGUGACAAGAACUGAGUAACAUGGUGUGACCUGCAUGUUGCAAAACUGUAGAUAACAGCCCAGCAGAUGCUUUGUCCUUGUGUUUGUAUGUAACAAUAUUGAGCACAUGGUGUGACUUGCUGUAUCUUACAAAGUUGUGAUAGGGAGGGGUGGUCAUCACGAGGUUUAACUGAGAUGGAAAAAUACUGAACAACACAAUAGCAGGAACUGAGCAACUGUUAUAAUUAGGGGGUGAUACCAGAACAGUAAGAAUCUAUACAUCGACGGAGGGAGGACUCCAAGAAGCACCAAGAGGUGGGGACCCGCCUGAGCGUCCGUGAUAGGCUGGGUAAGUUUAAACCACGCCCAGCCUCUACUGUGAUAGACAUAGUUCCAACCCGUCUGUUGGCCUAUCACAGUAUAAAGAAUACUGUUUACAUACAUCCUGUCAGUUCUCUGUUCUGCCCUGCGUGGUAUUACAGUGAGCCCGUAUAUACGAAAGUUGCAUUUGCCAUUUAUUACUUAGCUAAUAAAAAAUACAUAGUAUACAAUCGCUGACUCAUUGUUAUAUUUAUCCUGAUACCAGAUUCGAAUUUACGCAACCCUAACAAUGUCUAGCUCCUCAUGAAAACAGUGUCCUGAGGAGAGAGCACAUUUUCUACGCCAGUCGAAAUCGCGCAUCAUGAGCUCAUUGUUAUGGAUGCAUCCAAAUAAAUGUCACUAGAAAACAGCUUAAACAAACGCAAAUGCAGAAACUUUGCUGUUAUUCUGGCUGUAAUAUUUGACGUGACUGUAAGUUAGCCGUAGUUGGCAAGCAAGGGAUAAGAAGGUUGCCUGCCAGUAUGAUAAAUAGCACACCUAGAACGAACGACUACUACAGAACAAAAAGACUGAACAACUAGGUCGCAUCUCUGGCAACCGAACACUCACACUUUAACCCCCCCCCCCUACUUGCUUUGACCUUGCUGUUAGUACAUUUUCACCAAAAAAAGUAGCUUACUAUGACUGAUAUGUGGUUGCCUCACCUAGCCACCUUAAGACGAAUGCACCAACUGUAAAUCACUCUGUCAUAUAGCAGAUGCUCUUGUCCAAUGUAAAAUGAGUUUAAAUUAAGGAAUGAUGUCAAGUGCUCAGAGAAGACCCUCAGACUGCCAACUUAAUAUGCUAAAUGUACACACUUGAGGCUAAAGAACCUGCUUCUUAUCUUCACCCUGAUGUAGCGUCAGUGGUGCAGCUCAAUCAAAUCGGACACCCAACAUUUUGGGAAUGAAUACUACCACUUAAAGACAGAAAGUUGGAGUAGAGGUUUAUCAGAUGAGGAAAUCUUAAGCUCUAUGAAAAAUGCUGCUCAUCUGAUUCAGUUAACUGGAAAGGUUGACAUAAGCAAGGAUACACUGAAAUGUGUUUUGCCAGAUGAGGAAACUUUUGGAGGGUUCAGGCGUACUCCAAAUAAUGGUGUGUUAUGUUAACUGGUGACAAAUGGGAGAGGUCCAUUCAGAAACAAGGUUAAAAAAAAGUUCUCAUGGGAGGCCUAUUUACACCGCUGAGAACUUCAGUUGUGGUGUUUAUGCACGCUUGUUCUCUAAAGUAGUCUUAUGAGAGGGCAAUGUGAAUACACUCUCACAAUGGCAUAGCAGGUUUUACAUGAGUUACCGGAGGAAAUUACUUAGUUGAAAUAAGUUAAGGUUUUAAGCUUGAACAAUAUAGCAGACUGAUGAAACGAAGCUAUAUGCUUAAUUAUGAAGUGAUUUAGUGGUGGUUGGCACCAAUAUCGAUAAUUUGAUAUAUCGAUUCUGUUUGAUAUGAGCAAGGCAUAUCAUGAUAUUGGUUUAAUCUGUGUUCCUACACUAUUC